AUGCACCGACACGUACGUUUCGCGUCCCGUUCGCGUUACCAAGGUCCGAGUAACUGAUGUUUUUCCUAGGUUCUCGCGAGUUUUGAAAGGUUUUUAAUGUGUAUUAAAUUAUAACGAACAAAUUUAAAUAAAAAGAAGACGAAAAAGUUUUUGAAAAAUAAAAUAUCUCCGAAAAUGUCGUUUUUUUAAGGAAAAAUUUCGUCAAAUGGAGCUUCAAAAUAGAAAAUAGAAAACAAUUUCAAAACACUUCUCUGAAGAAAUACCAUUUAAACGUUAAAAAAAACAGAUACAUAAUAGCUUAUGCGAGAAAAGUUAUCACUCAAAAUGACAUUUAAUAACAAUGAACGCAUAGCUGUGUGUUCACAGCAGUUCAGACCUACAGGGACCCGUCCGGUUUGCACUGCGCCGUCUUCGCUGGCCAUACUAGACCAUUUUUGAUCAUUUUUUCUGUUUAUUAAAAUAAACAAGGCUAUUUCCAACGUUAAUAGAUGAAACAUUACAGAAAAAUCUUUCUACUUACUAAAUAUUUAGUUUGGGGAAUGUGUAUUUAAAUACACAUUCCCCAAAUUAGGCCAUUUUUUAAGGCGUAGGCUCAUAAGCUCUUUUAUUCAUUUUUCAUGCGUUACUUCUCAUAAUGAUGCUUAGUUUAACAUAAAAUUCGAAGCAUAAAAACUCAACUAUAUCCAUUUCUAAAUUUAAAUAUGGUUCUUCAAAAAAUCGCACAAAUGUGCUCGAAACCGGUUUUAAAAGUGAGAAUGCAUACUAAUAAGUAUUAUAAAAAAAUACCAACUAACUAUUUUUAAAAAGGUUUUUCCCAAUCAAAAGGUUAAAAUAAGAGCCAGAAACCCAGCGCGUCCCCCCACCAGUGCCUCAGUGAGAAAUUAUUCAAAAAUUGCAAGUUGUUCGAGAAUCCGCUUAAGAAAGCUCUUGAAGUUAUCAAUAGGUCAUGUUUGCAGAAAAUUUCCUGUGCUAUUUUUUUCUUUUUCGUUCUCGUUUCCUAGAACCUUUUUUGACUUUUUCUUCUUUUAUAUGUAGGAUUUUUCUUUUCAUGGAGUUCUAAACGUUGAUGACGUGUUCAAAGCGAUUCCGCAAAACUCAAAAUAGCCAUCAGAGAGCGAAAAGGAUAACUCAAUUUUGGAGAGUCAGAGAUAAUUUUUGCAUUUCACGGAAAAUACUUUAAAUACCGAAUUAUUGAUGUCAUUUUGUUUUUUUGAAUUAUUAAUAAAUUAUUGAUGUCAUUUUUUUCAGAAGCAUAUGCUCAAUCUGAAAAUUUAUUUUUUUCAAUAACUUUAUUGAUAAACGUUGUGAACGGCGAACUUUUUAUCUAUCGGCACAGGUUCGCCAUCACAUUCAUUAAAAGGAUUUUCAAUUUUUAUUUUAGGAGCUGCUGUUCUUCUCUCAGGAGGAAUUUUUUGGAAACUUAAAGACAAUAUAAAAUGCCAUCUCUACGAAUGUUGCGACGAUUUUGAGUUUGACGCAUCUGGUUAGUUUGAGAAUUGUCAUGUUUUCACACUUGUUUUAAGGUUUGGAUCAUGAUCUAUCCGACUUGGUUUUUGGACAACAUUUGGUGAAAGAUGUUGUUGUGAAUGCCAUGAGAUCUCAUUGGAGUAACAAGAACCCCAAGAAACCGCUCGUGAUGUCGUUCCAUGGGUACACGGGUUCUGGCAAGAACUACGUUGCUGAAAUUAUUGCAAACAACACUUUCAAGUGAGCUUUUCUGGAUAGCGAAAAACAAUAGCCCAAGGAGCGGCAUUCGGAGUUCCUUUGUAAAUCACAUUGUGGCCACUUCCGAGUUUCCGGAUCGUAAGCUCAUAUCUAAAUAUCAGGUUUUUUUUCAUACUACUUCUUGUCAUCCUUGUUUUCAAAAGCUUCCAUUCUAAUUUGUGUACAGGUUGAAUUACGAGAAAGAAUUCUCUCUUCGGCAAAGAAAUGUGGACGCUCGAUUUUUCAUUUUUCGAUGAAGUCGACAAGCUACCGGAAAAACUUAUUAAGUAUAUAUUUUUGUUUUUUUCAUUCAUGUUUAGCUGUGAUAAAGCCUUUCUUGGACUAUUAUAAUAAUGUGCACGGCGUGGAUUUCCGUCGCUGCGUCUUCUUAUUUUUAAGGUUGAAAAGUGUGAAGAAAGUUCGAAACUUUUGAACUGCAGCAAUCGGGCCGGCGCCGCCAUCGCGGACCAUACAGUUCGGCACGCCGAACACGGCCUUCUUCGUGAAGCCCUGAAAAUGGAAGACUUCGAAAGGGUCGUUAUGGAACACGCUUUUAAUGAACCGGGUCAGUUCACUUUUUCUUUGAAUUUUUACUUUAACAACUAAAUAAAUUAUUGAUUGAAGAGAGGAGAAUUGGAUAAAUUAUGAUAUCUUUGCUCAACGUUUUUUUGUCAUAUUAAUCAAAACUUUUUUUAAAAUUUCUUCUCAAGAUUCGAGUAUAUCUGAAUGAUUCAUCGGUUUAGUUGCAGGCGGUCUGAAGAUGAGCGAGUUGAUUUCUAAUCACCUAAUCGACCACUUCAUUCCAUUUCUCCCCCUGCAACGCGAACAUGUUAAAAAGUGUGUUGAGGCCCAUUUGGUAUCGUCUGGUCACAGGAAUCUCAUCGACGACGUCGAACUUCUUCAAUCCGUUUUGAACUCUUUACAGGUUUAUUUUGAUUUUUUGAAUUUGUUUUAAGGCGUAGAUGAUUCGCGCAAAAAUGUGUCGCUCAAUUCCCUUUUGUGUGAGACAUUUCGAUCUCCAUUGUCUUUCUGGUGUAUAAUAGUACCCAAAAAACUAAAAAAUUUCUAAGUUGCGAUAGCCUUUUAUUCUCAAAUGUACCAGUUUGAAAAAUUCGUAGAAGACCAUUUGAAAUAAUUCUAUUUGAGUUUCUCAAAAACUUUAUCAAAAAAUGGAAAUCAAGUGACACAUUUUACGCGAAAAAUUAAAUUGGUCUGAGUUACAGUACUUCCCGGAGCACUCGAAAGCUUUUUCUUCUUCUGGAUGCAAGAGAGUCGACGCGAAGACGGACCUCGAACUGAGCAGACGAAGAAUAACUUCAGUCGCCAAUUUACUCGAUUUAGACGACGAACUUUGA